GACCCAAUCGUGUGGGUGGGACUCGACCUGUCGUCUGUCGGCCUCGUGGGUUCGAUCCCAGCGUCAUGGAGCCGCUUUUGCACGCUCACCACGCUCGCCCUCAAGGACAACUAUCUCGUUGGUACCCUGCCCGCCUUCGGAUCGGAGAUGGCCUUUCCUCGACUGCAAUACCUGAGCCUGCAACAAAACCUGUUCCAUGGCCCCUUGCCCGACUACUACGGCAACCUUGGCGCGUUGCAAGGGCUCUUUCUCGGCCCCAACAACCUCUCAUCAUCCGUGCCCGCCUCGCUCGGCUGUCUCCCCAACCUGGAAUUCCUCCAGCUCUCAAACAAUCUCUUCUCCGGUUGCCUGCCGGAGAUCUUCUCCAACUCGCCGCUGCUGGUCUUGCUUGUGCUGUCGUACAAUCAACUUAAUGGAACGAUCCCGCAGGCACUAGUGAGGCAUCCCUCACUGCAAGUGCUCCUACUCGAUGCCAACAACUUCGAGGGCGAGAUUCCAAAGUUCCCCCAGUUCACCUCGCCGCUCACCGUGCUCGAUGUGAGUGGCAACGUCAAACUAAGCGGCACGAUCGGCGACGACCUGAUCGCCUCUGCUCCCUCACUGGCCUACAUUUCCGUCAAAGGCAACCUGCGAAUGCGACUCAACCCGAACACCACACUGCACUGGUUCGGGUUCGACCAGAGCGCCCUGGACGUCAGCGAUCGGCGCGUCUACUAUUGCCCGUCGGCCGCCUCCUACUCGCCGUACUACUUUCGGAUCAGCACAUCGCCCGAGUUCUACGGCUAUCAGUAUUGCAGGUGCGCCGACGGCUACUACGGCGCUCCGCCGCAUGAUUGCGGCCUCUGCCCGGUCAACUGCGCGUGCACGAUGGGCAAAACCCUCUCGUGGAAACGUGGCUUCUAUCCCAUCCUUAACAACCACUCCCAAGUGACUGGAGCGAUGCCCUGUACCGACUACGGGAGCAAUGGGCAGGACAGCGCGUGCAACCCAAAGGGCUCCUGCUCGGCCAAAUACGGCCAAGGAGUCGAUUCCUCCUGCGUCAUGUGUUCGCCCGGCACCGAAGGCCGGCUGUGCUCGCACUGCAUGUGCGCCUCGCCCUCCGAUUGCUUCUUUCGCAGCGGGAGCCGAUGCAUCCAGUGCUCCGAGGCGGCGAUCGUGGGCUUCACCCUGGGCGUGUGCGUGUUCGUCUUGGGCGCAGUGGUGCUGCUCGUGGCCAUGCACGUGUGGCGCGACCGCACGCUGCUGGCCCGGCUCCGCAAGGCCGCGCGGGAGGUGGGCGACAGCGGCGCGCUCAAGAUCUUCCUCGUCUUCGCCCAGACCACGGCCAUGCUCAACGCCACCUGGCCCGAGUGGGUGCUGAGCCGCGGUAUGCGCUACCUCGACCUCUUCAACGCCAGCACCGACGGCACCGGCAUCGAGUGCCUGCUCAACUGGAUGAGCGACCCCGUGUGGAACCUGGCCACCUUCUUCCUCGUCAUACCCCUCGCCACUGCCCUGAUCGUCCUCAUCGUGCUCGCUCGUAUGGCCUACCUCUGGCGCCGCGGCCGGCUCGGCCUAGGCACGCCGCCGCCGCCAGCGGAUGUCGACAACAACGUCUACCCCGUCGACAAGGGUGGUAGACAAGACGACAAUGACGACAGCGUAGGCCGGAGCUACGUGGUGGAGCUCACUCCUAGACUAAGGGAAGAGGAGGUGCUGCUGGCAAGCCGCCGCAGCAGGGACAAGCCGGCGGGGCGGCCGUGGUACGGCGGGAUCUACGCGUGGCUGUGGGUCGUCUGGUUCCUUCUGUUCGAGCUGACCAACCGCUCGCUGGCCGUGUUCGACUGCGUCGACGAGCCCCAUGCCAACUCCAACUCCAACUCCAACUCCAGAUUCAUGGCCUCCCUCCCCUGGCUCCGCUGCUCCUCUGACACCGACUGGGGCGCGCUGCAGAAGCUGAGCGUGGCGUCGAUCGUGAUCUGCGUGUUUGGGAUUCCGCUCCUGUUCACCGCCCUACUCUUCUUCCAGCGCCGCCGCCUGGACGAGCCCCGCACGCGCCACUGCCUGGGCGGCCUGUUCGCCUGCUACCGGCCGACCAUGCGCUGGUUCGAGCUGGCCCUCACCGCGCGGCGCCUGGCCCUCCCCGCCCUGCUGUCGCUCGUCGCGUCGACCAACCCCGUGCGGCCAGCCGCCAUCAUGCUUGUGCUGCUGGUCGCGCUCACCCUCCAGCACUGUCUGGUGCCCUUUGCCUCGGCCACCGACAACCUGCUCGAGGAGGCCGCCAUCGGGACGGUGGCGUUCACCUUCGCCACGCAGACCCUGUGGAAGGCCUUCAACCAGCUCAACUCGCUCAGCGCCCAUGACGAUCGGCCGCUGAUCGUCGAGUGGAACGACUUCGACAACAUUCUCACCGUGGCCGACGAUUACGCCUACUUGCUCGUGUCGCUGGUGCUGGUGCUCAAUCUCGUGAUGCUGGUGGUGCUGCUCUUCUUUGCCCUGCGACCGCUCAGGCUGCCCAUGGUCUCGGCCCUCCGCUUGCUGUCUCCUUUCGCUUCUUCUUCAUCAUCUUCUUCCCCUUCGCCAGCCGACGUCACUGCGGCGAAGGCGGAAGAGGCGUCGAUGGUGUGCGGGCCCAAUUAA